GCUGGCCGAGUGUGAUUGUAUUUGUCGCGUUCAUGAGUCAUUUCACAUAUGACACAAAAAAUCGUGAGUGGACGUCUGGUUACUUAAAUUAAAUAAUAAUAUGGAUAUAAAAUAGCGUAAGUGACAUUGAACAGUUAUUGUUUUGUAAAAGUUUUGCAAACAGUGUUUCGACAAUAGUUUGGUAUAGAUAACAAAGAGAAGAGAAGAGAAGAGAGUGAGAAGGUGUUGCUUGUUGUAAGAUGGAAGAUAAUGUUGACGGGGUAUACAAAUACAGAACUUCGCUACCAGUGGCACAGUUCAGCCGCGGCGACUUCUCGCUGUGGUCGGUGUUGAAGAACUGCGUGGGCAAAGAGCUUUCCAAGAUCACGAUGCCGGUGGUGUUCAACGAGCCGCUGUCCUUCCUGCAGCGCAUGCUGGAGUACUUGGAGUACGCGCACCUGUUGCGCCUAGCCGCAGAACAGACCGACCCUGUCGCUAGGAUGGAGUACAUCGCAGCGUUUGCGGUGAGCGCGCUGGCUUCGAACUGGGAGCGUCUGGGCAAGCCCUUCAACCCACUUCUGGGCGAGACAUAUGAGCUCGAGCGGCCAGAGUUCAGAGCCGUUUGUGAACAGGUGUCGCAUCAUCCGCCGGUAUCGGCAUUCCACGCAGACAGCCCACACUUCGUCUUCCACGGCUCUGUCCACCCUAAACUCAAGUUUUGCGGCAAGAGUGUGGAGAUACAACCCAAAGGACAUGUUACGGUUGAAUUGCCUAGAUGGGGUGAGGCGUACACGUGGAGCAACGUGAACUGUUGCGUGCACAACGUGAUCGUGGGAAAGCUGUGGAUCGAGCAGUACGGCGCUAUGGAGGUGACGUGCCACGGUGGCGCCGGCCUCGCCGCCAGCCUCGUCUUCAAGCCCGCCGGCUUCAACAACCGUGACCUGCAUAGGGUCGACGGAUUUAUUACUGAUGCCAAUAAGAAAAAGCUGCGUUUCGUGUACGGCAAAUGGACGGAGUACAUCCGCAGCUGCAGCGCGGCGGCGCACGAGCGCUGGGCGCGCGAACAGGCCGCCGCAGAGCCUGCGCACACGCCCAAGAAGGUGUUGGCUAAACUAAACAGCUUCAAAGUCGGUGCACUCCGCUCCAUGUCUAUACAAGAUACAGAGGAGGCGGAGAACUCAGAGGAAGUGCCAAAGCCUGACGAGUCGUACAACAUCGACAUCCCGGGCUCCACCACGCUGUGGGAGGCCACGCCGCGCCCCAGCAAUAGCGCACAGUAUUACCAGUUCACGGAGUUCGCGAUGUCUCUGAACGAGCUGGACCGCGAGCUGAAGGGCCAGUUGUGCCCUACCGACAGUCGGCUGCGACCCGACGUGCGCCUGCUGGAGCAGGGUGAUAUUGACGGCGCUGCUGCGGAGAAGACACGCCUCGAAGACAAGCAGCGCACCGCCAGAAAGACGCUCAAGAAAUCCGCUGACGGCUGGCAACCGAGAUGGUUCAGUCAAGGCACGAACCCUUACACGAAGCAGGAGGACUGGCUGUACAAUGGCGGUUACUGGGACCGCAACUACCAGCAUUUGAAAGACGUUGAUAUAUUCUAACUCUUUAGCAAAUAAUGUAGUAGAAAAAAAUCAUAUUUUUGUGUCGCUAAGCAAUGUGUAGAGAUUAAAAUUAUAAUUGUUAUGUACAAAUAAAAAGUAAAUAAAUGCUAUAGAGCAAAUAUUAAUAAUGUUAAGGUUAUAGCAUGCAUAUACAAUUUACUCAAAGACGUGGACAUAUAAAAGGUUAAUACGACAGCAAGUAAUGCUUCAACAAUAAUCAAAGUAUAUAAAUACUGUGAGCUUAAUCUAAAAACAAGUACAGGUAGCAUAUGAAAUAAACAACAAGAAUACAUUAGUUCAGAACAGAGAUCGAUAAAGUGAUCUACAUAGAACCCCAGGGUGGUAUGUGGUAAAAGCAGAAUCUAUCUGAGUCAGGUCGAAUGGGGGUCGAAUAAAAACAGUUCUUAAUACGCAAAUCACACAUACCUAUUAGAGUAUGUUUUAUCAUUUUAAGAAAUCUUUAAAAU